AUGAUCUUUCGAUCGGUGGGCGGUGACGGGGGUGAAUCCAUAGACGUGCAGGGGGAGGACGAGGGGCGGAAGGAUGGAGGAUCGGGAGGAGUACCGGAGGAGUCGUUCUUGGUUCGGCCCUCCAACUUCGGCAUUGUGGACAGAGGGAUCUACCGCUCGGGGUUCCCCGCUGCCGACAAUUUUCGUUUCUUAGAAGGGCUCAAACUUCGAUCCAUCGUGUACUUGUGCCCGGAGCCCUACCCGGAGGUUAAUGCGGAGUUCGUGCGCUCCCAUGGAAUUCGUCUGUUCCAGUUCGCGAUCGAAGGAAGCAAGGAGCCUACUGUGGCCUUACCAAAAGAUACCAUCAUGAUGGCUCUCAGAAUCUUACUUGACGUAAGCAAUCACCCUAUUCUGAUUCACUGCAAAAAGGGGAAGCAUCGAACAGGGUGUCUUGUGGGCUGUUUCAGAAAGCUACAGAAGUGGCCCCUCUCUUCUGUGUUCGAGGAAUAUAACCACUUCGCUGCUUCCAAAGCUCGACCGUCAGAUCUGGCUUUCAUCAGUAACUUCGAUGUCUCAUACAAGCUGCGUGUACUCUAUAUCAUCUACCGCUUCUAUGGAUAUGGUUCCCGAGUCAAGCGCUUGGUCUACCAAGAUAGCUCCUCAUGA